AAACUUUUAGGUUCUGUUUAAUGGAAAUGUAUCUGCAGUAGUAAACUUAGCGUCAGGCAGUGGCAGUGUCCAUGGUGGUACAACAUUUUCUGUACCGUAAUAACUUUCCCGUCACGCGAUGUAAUGCAGGUGGUGUCGCGCAGCUCGUUUGUGCAAUCGUUGUCAUAGCGACUCGAAAACAGCGGCGAUGCUCUCUCGGCUUGUGAAAUAUUAGUUUAUCUCGGGAAUCGGCAUUUUAGAUGAUGGCCAAUAUUCCAGAAAUCCUUGUCCACAGGGAGAUGAACAGCGACAACCGGACUGCCCCGGUACCAGCCCCCAGGGAGAGGCGCAAGCAAGGAAGAAUGGCCAAACCAGUUGUAAAAGAAGUUGAAAGUAAAGUGAGGAUAAAAAGCAAUGGAAAACCGAGUAGAAGGUGGCUAGCAAGGGAAAUUGAAAAACUUAAAGUCGUCAAUGCAGAACUACAAAGAGGAAUUCAACAAAAAGAAGCAAAUGAACUGAAUUUAAUUGAGGCGAAAGCAAGACUGGAAUCAGAAUUGAGUGAGUACAGAAGUGACACUUCAACAACAAACAAAGAAAGAAUGAGAAUCCUAUCACAAGAUGUCUUCCUUCUGAAAAACCUAGUUGUCAAAUUAAAUAAAGAAUUGCAAAGAUACCAGGAAAAAUAUCAAUCAUAUGUAAGAAAUCAUGGAGAUGAAGAAUACACUUUGGAAAUUUCAAAAAACGAUCCAUCAUGGAUUGAUGGUGAGCUAACAGUCCUUGCACCUCUGCUUGUUGCAUAUGAAGAAUGCCUAAAAGAAAAGGUAGAACUUCUGAAAGAAUCGCAAGACGCUCUGACAAAAAUUAGUUACAAUUGCAAAGAGCUUGUUAAAGCAAACGAUGAGCUUAGAGAAGCAGUUAAAGUCUCAGAGACUAAAGGCAAUGUGACAUAUGGCGAUUGGUUAGCUGUUCAAAAAGAAGGGAAAAUGCUCAAAGAACAGAACACAUUGCUACUGAGACAGCUAAAACUUAAUUCCUCAAAAAUUGAAACACUGAAAGACAGUUUUCAAACUAAAUUGAAUGAAGUAAUUGUGGAAAGAGAUGAUUUCUUUAACAAAUACAACCAAACUAAAACUGAGUUGUCAGUCUUAAAAGGAAGAUUUUCUGUUCUACUAGAAGAAUUCGAAAAGCACAAAGAAGAGGACCAACGUAAAAUACCAACAGCAGUUCACACGGCUUACAUAACAGAAUGUAAAAGAUUGUUUGAUGAGUUGAAAGUCCGUUACGAGGAUGAAAAAAGCAGUUUAGUGCGAAAAGUUGGGGAAGUUGAAACAGUAAAUGAAGAAUUGGAAACUAAAUUGGCCAAAAUAAAUGAAGAAAGAAUGAUGCUUCGGACAAGUCUUGAUAGCGUCAGUACACAAGUCAAAUCAAUGAAAGAAGCCUUCGAUCGAGCUGUAAAAGAUCGAGAAAUACUUAAAGAACAAUUAAAUAACGCAAUUCAGUUCUCCAAAGACAUGGUCUUACACGAGGAAGCUCUUAUAAAGGAAUUGAGGCAAAGAACUGAAGAAAGCCAAUUUGGUUCUAAACUUGCAGGCCGUGUUGAAUCCCUUAAAAGAAACAUGAAGACUGUAGAAGAGGGAACAAUGAAAGAAAUCCAGUUGCUCGAUGCAGAUCUUCAGAUGCAGGUCAAAACAGUUGGAAAAAUCAAAGAAUCGUUUGGCACUGAAAUUUCACGGCUUAAAUCCAUUCUUAAAGAGAAAAAUACUUUCAUAGCACAGCUUGCAAAAAAAGAAGAAAGUGAUUUCAGUGUUUAAAAUAAUAUUCCAUCAUCCCAUAACAAGCCAUUAAAGUUAGCGUUGUAAAUAUUUUCUACUCUCAGAUUAAAGUCCAAUUUACUAACUUUUA